CUGUUUAUAAAUAGUUGCAGAGCCCCGAUUGCGACGCUGGACUGCAUGGAAGAAGAGCAAAGACAAGCAGCAGCAGCAGCAGCAGCAGCAGCAGGAGCUGGUCCCAGCAGCGCCGCCACCAGACCCCAAUUGGGGAUCGAGUUGGAGAACCUGAACGCGAAUAAUUUAACGCCAGCUGUGAUCAGUGUCCAGUCAUCCGCAUCUCUGUCCAGACAAAGCAGUAGUCUCACGCCUGGACUCCGGUAUCGCAAUUUGGGGAAGAGUGGGCUCAAGGUGUCUAAUUUGGGACUUGCAACGUGGGUCGUGUGUGGGCCGCACACGUCGGACGCAUUGGCCGAGGAAAUUAUCACUCUAGCCUACGAAAGUGGGAUCAACUUGUUUGACCUGUCCGAGGUCUAUUCCUGUGGACGAGCAGAGUCCACCGUUGGCAGGAUUCUGCAAAAGAAGAAGUGGAAUCGGUCUUCCUUCAACGUGAUCACCAAGGUCCACUGGGGCAAGGGAGUGGACUCGAACCUCCGCUCGCUGUCGCGUAAAACAAUCAUAGAAUCGAUAAAGGCGUCGCUCCAACGACUGCAGUUGGAGUACAUCGACAUCGUGAUAAUCCACAAGGCGGACCCCAUGUGUCCCAUGGAAGAGGUUGUGCGAGCAAUGAGCUAUUGCAUCAACAAGGGCUGGGUCAUGUACUGGGGAUCAUCUCGCUGGAGCCCGGUGGAGAUUUUCGAGGCCUACACCAACGCCCGACAAUUCAACUGCCCUGUGUCCAUUGUGGAGCAAACCGAGUACCACUUCCAUUGUAGAGACAAGACUGAGUUGUACUUGCCGGAAAUGUACAAUCAAAUUGGAGUAGGAUGCAUGACAUGGUCACCACUCGGAGUCGGACUCGUCGGCAAAUACGACGACGGGAAGCCGCUUUUUUCGAGACCGUCCUUCAAGAAAAAGUAUUCCUCCCUCGGGCAUCCGGAAGAUCAAAGCAAAGAUCACAGCGAGGGCAAAGGGGGCGCUGCAUGCUCGUCUUCCGCCUACUCCAUGUCCAUGCAAGUGGACAGCCGACUGACCAUGGAAGAGUUCCAGACGCAAAGGGACCAGCAGGCGGCCCUGGUGGACGUUGCUGACCGGAUCGGCUGCUCAGUGUCUCACUUGUCCCUCGCCUGGUGCCUCAAAAACGAGGAUGUCCAGUGCGUUCUUGUUGGUGCCCCCACACCGGACCAGUUCCUUGACCAGCUCUGUUGUUUGCAAAUAUUGCCAAGAAUGACGCCAGGGCUGAUGAUGGAGAUUGAGCAGAUCCUGGAGAACAAACCCGUCCGUCCGGCCAUGAUAUCCACACUGCACAAACAGAGAUGACACAUGCAGGCCAUAGCGGAAGCGAGUGGUUGUGUUCUGACUGCGGACGGCCAGAUCAAGAAGCAGGUUCCUGCGCAGGACUCGGUGGUGCCCAAGUGGUGCACUAUUUUGUGAGGAAUAUAAUGAGGAGCCUAUAUUCUUCAUCGUCCUCUUGUUGUUAUUGUUGGUUUAUUCGAUUGUUUGGUUUGAUUUGUUUGUUUGUUUGUUUUUCUUUUCCUGUCCAACUUUGAAAAGAAAGAGAAAAAAAAGCAAAAACCGGUGGCUUUUUUAAAAUUAUAUUUGUGUCUCCCCGGCGGGCGAUUAUAUGAUUGAUCUCUUGAAAUACUUGCUCCGUCUCUUUCACGCGUUUUUUCUCAUCAUGGUGUCAUCAUCCCCACGCGCCCUUUUUCGACUCGUAUUCAUUUGAAAUUUGUUUUGAUUUUUCGUUUUCUAUAUCGUCGAUCGUCGCUUUUCAUCCUAUGUUCGGACAUUUCGCAAUGGUUCUUCUCCGAAAUGAUUAUACAAAUGUCUGAAAUUUUGCCAGCCAUAUGCGAGGGUAUAAUAAGUCGUGUUUGAAAUUUCCUCGCGGGAAAAUGGAGGGAUGAAUUCCAUUCGAAUUUUUCAGAAAUCUCUGCGGAAUUGUAAACGUGUGAUGGUUCUUUUUUUAAAAGAGUAAUAUGCGGAAGAAUCAAAACUUAUUCUCGACCCAUAAUUAUAAUACUGUAAUGAAUCAUUCGAAUAAGGAAUUCUGGAUAAAUGUUCUACGAUUUUUAAUGCAAAAAAGGUUGAAGAUUAUAUAUAUAUACGUUGUUGGAUGUUUAGGAAUAAACGUCAUGUUCUUGCCGGGAAAAAGGUUCAAUCGCAGUUUUUAAACUGGAAAUUUCAACGAAAAUUCAGCUCUUUCUUUUAUUGAUCCGCGUGUUUCGAAUUUCAAAAAUGUGCGAAUAUUAUUCUGACCCUUUCGGAAAAAUGCACCAUCUUCGCACCUUCGAACUUUCAAGUGGUCGAAAAAACUUCAUCAAAACUUUCCCGGCGCACUUUGCCAUGCGACAUCAUCAUGUGCUAAUUUGAAAUUGGUGGAGUUUUUGAAAAUACAGAAACGUUGAAAAAUCUG